GACUAGUUAUUCAAAUGGGUUUAUUUUUAUUUAACAUGGGGUUAUAGGAGAACAUAUCAGUUCCCUGGGGUUAUGGUCUUUGGGUAAAUACAAAAUGUGCUUUGUUCAUUCUACAUAUAAAAUGGAAAUAUAUGUAAACAAGGGAUAACAGUUACUCCAAAUAGGUUAUUGGAGUGGGGGUUUCUGCAAGGGUUAUGAUGAUAACUACAUAAUCUGUAACUCAUCUGAGAGAUCGCCAGUAGAAUAAGGGAGUUAUCAUGGAAAUGUAAUGUCAGAAUGCAUUAAUGCUUGGGAGAGACUAUCAUAACACCAAGUGGGUGUGAAACUCAAACCCACCCUACUGGCUGAAUAGUGUGGGACAACUGUGUCUGAUGACUUGUGAACUGUAUCUGGAAUGAUAUGUACUGGGAGAAGAAAGACUAAAGGGGAUUGGGAUAAUGACCUUUUAUUACCAGGCCACUCAUGACAGAAAAACAGAGGUAAAAGGGUGCAUGGUAAAAUAGAUAUUACUGGUACUAAAAGUUUUUAGUAUAAUGUUAAUUAUUAAAGGGAUGAUGUAUUGAAUUGAGUAGGUCAAAUUUGAGUUAAAGUAAACACUAAGGACUGUUAUCCUGAAUAUUGGAUUGGACAAUUUAUAAACAACAUUUAGUUAUGUUUUGGUUAUAGGACUGUUUAAAUUUACUAGGCCUAGGGAAGCUCUGGAAACUAAUCCUGAGACAGGUUGAUUGACAGAACUUGCAGAAUAUUAGAUUUAAAGGUUUUUGUUUCUUUUAUUUUACAAUAUCAUUGUAAUUGGAGUGAUACAUUGGAAUGACAUCAGUAAUUGAAUAAAAAGUAUAGUCUGUUGUGUGAUAACACCCAAGGAUGAAGAAGACAUUACAAAUAGUGGUAAUUUAUUGCAAAUAUGCAGUUAUUAUAAUUUACUUUACCAUUUUUCUUGUUUGGUCAAUUUAUUUUUGGUUUGAGGAAAAUAAGAGUGUAUAUUUUUCCUGAGGAGGGACUGAUAUAAAUUGACUAAAAAUGAUUUGAGAAUGUUUAAGUAUGUAUCAAACUAUGGAAGGAAAUUAGGAGUAGUGACUUAUGUGUUAUGGGUUAGAAAAACUGUAACUACAUUGGGGGCUCAUAUGAAGGUUAUGGUAACAAGGGGGGCUGUUAUUUCUAGAAACAGUGUAUAUUGAUAGACAAGAUAAUUCACAGAAAAGGAAGGACAGUUGGUUUUGUAAAAAUAUAGGGACAAUUCUAAAAGUAAAUAGAACAUUACACAUACCUAGAUUAUGGUAAAAGUAAUAAGUAGUGGCAUUUUGAACACUAGAGCAAAAGUUUAAGAAGCUUAGGAUUUAGUUUUGUUAGGAUUGGAUAUUCUUCCAACUGGAAGACACUUGACUGAUUACAUGUUAUUCUUGCAGCAGUUACGGUAGGGACCAUAAUUUGGCUAUCAUUAUGAAUAUUUUUGUGGCAAGAGGCCAGGUAUUUAAGACAGAAUGUUUACAUAGGGCUGUUAUUUAAAAAUUAAGAUUUAGUGAUCUUGCUCUAAGAAGAAAGUCUGUCAGGAAAUAACCCAUGUGUUAGUAUGUAUGUUCCCAGGAAAAGACGCCAGAUGGAAGGGCAUGGGCUGAAUUCUGGAAACUGAGUGUACAUCAAGAUACACCGGGCUGGGGAUAUACUUCUUACAGCACCUGCAGUGUUGAAACAGAGCAGAUGGGGAACUAAGUAAAAAAUGACAUGGUUUGGGAACACCUCUCAGAACCUGCGGCCGAAAGGGGAAGACUGGAUGAAAGCACGAGGAAGCCAAUUAGGGCCUCCAUUUUUGUGGAGUCCAGCAGAAAAGUAUCCUGGAGGCAUAGAGUCAGGUGAAGAGAGAGUGGGAAUUGUCAUGGUCUCAGAUUUCAGUAUUCAUGAAUACAGUCAUGCAUAACAUAUAACAUUGUCAAUACUGUUAUGUUUUGUCCUUUGUUUUCCAAGUCUUAUGUUUAGGAAACCAGAUGGAGAAGGGUUCUCCAGCUUCAGCUGGAAUGUCAGUUUGUGUGAUGAGUGAUGGAAGUAAGAGAAUGUAUGGUGUAAUCAUAGAACAGAGGCCAUAAGUCUCUAAGUAUGAAUGCCCCACAGAAAGAAGGCAGAAAUCUGAACCAGGACGAGAGGUUCCACAUCUGAUGAUCCAAGGGGACCAGAAGGAUCUCUCCCAGUGAUACCAGGAGAUCGAGUCUACGUUUGAGUGUUCCGAAGGAAGUGGGAUCAGCCAAGGAGGGAAGGACCCUACGAGGUGGCAACAGCCACAAACACGGCCGUCCAAGUGAAAGGAAGCAAGACGUGGUAUCAUCUAAACCACUGCACCCGAGUCCCGACGGAAAGAAGGACACAACCAUACAGAGAUGAGGACACAGAGGAUGCUGAUUCACCAGAAGGGACCCCGGAGGGAGCAGGAGCAGCGGAAUCGAUCAAAGCGCCGGGGAGGAAUCAAGAAAAUGGCAGACCAGAUACAACGAGUGCAUCAGCUAACACACUCAGAAGAACCAACCAGGGAAAAAGAGCCUGAAAAGAAAAGAGACAAACAACCAAAGUUUCCUCCAGUAUGGCCAGAAAGCCCAGAAGUGGGAGGGGGUAACAUGUCUGCCACUCCUGAUGAUAUACUUGUUGGGGCAGACUCUGUUGACGGAAGCCUUCUACAGUGGGACCCCGAGGUAUCGCCUAAAGAAGGGGAACAUCUCUUCCCUGAAAUGGACGCCUUCCCAGAUGGAAGCCCAGUUCGGGCUGAGGAGGGAACAACAGGCGAAGAGAGUGGAGGAGAAGCCUUAUCAGGAACAACAAGUGAAGAAAGCGGAGGAGAAGCCUUACCAAGAGCAGAAGGAGAAAUCUUGCAAGAUGAAAGAAAUGGGGAUUUCCCCAAAAUUGACUUUUCAGCUCUUGAAUUGUCUCCAUAAUGAACAAUUGAAGUUAGACCCAUAGAAGAACAAUGAUAUUGACAUAACAGAAGUAACAGUGAACGCUAGAAUAGCAACAACAGACUCACGCACAAUCAAGAUGUAGGGUGGAAACAGGAAGAGAAAAGAGGAACCAGUCAAACAAUCUAAAAAGACUGACAAGGUUAGAAUCUCUGUCCCACCUCAACACAUAACUGAAACAGAAGAAUAGAAGACAAAAGGAUCAAACCCUUACCGGAGAUUGCAUUCGGUGGCUGGACAUAUCAUCGAACGAAGAGAGAAGUCAUUUGGGACUCAAAAGGAUGUGACCUGACGUUAACCAAAGAAGUAGACGAGUGGGUGCUCACCAUGAAUCAGAUUGAACCAGUUGAAGGUGAAGAAUUAAUAGGUGAAAUAACGAGAACAAGAUUGACUGAAGGGAGUAGUUCCUCAGUCAUUCAGAAUUGGUCUUACGCCAAUACCUAAACAGGAAGAGCCGGUGGUAGCUAGAAAGCAUCAGAACCAGGAGGGUUCUUCAUUGACAUUUUGAACUUUUUGACUAACUCUAAUGACCUACCUCAAGAUAAGAACAUUGCAAAGAUGACAGACAGACAUACCAGACUCUGAACCACUCAAGGACACCACAUGAAAAGAAUAGUGAAGAAUGAGUGGUACGAAUGGGCUAAGUAUACAGCAGAAAUAAACAUAGAAUGGACAAUUGUAUUUUGUGUAAAAAAUCACCUUUGUCUGAUCUUUUGAUAGUACCUGAACCUGCAUCAUUUGAAGAAUGUGUUAAAUGUAAAAUGUUCAAUAUUCAGAGAAAAUACUACAUUCCCUUGUGUGAUAUAGAAUAUAGGAUUGCUCGAGGGAGCACUAGAGGCAGAACCAUGUUAAACGAGACUGGAUUAGGAGACAAGGAUUGUGCUGCCUAUGACAUUAAAACUGAAUUAAAUGGACCUCAAUUAGACAGAAGUACUGUGGUUAAAGGUAAAUAUGAAGGUUUUUACAGCCAUAACACCGAAGGAAUUGGUGUAGGAAACACCACUGUAGAAUGUGAUACUAUUUGGGUACUAGAGACUGCAGGGGUUCGUAGGAAUAAAUAUAAAGGGUUGAUAAUGCAUAGAAAAGGGGUGUGUGGUACAAUAACUCAGGUUGCGCCAUCUCUUAUUAUGCUAAAAAAUCAUGACAGAAGUAUUGCGGAUAGUUUCUGGAUGUGUGGGAAUGACAAACUGUUGAAUGUACUGCCAGAUGGAUGGACGGGUCUUUGUACCUUAGUUAGAGCAAUUCAACAGGUAACCAUUAUUAAAUCACCCCAUGAUGACUAUGUUAACUCUAGAGUUAAGAGGGCGUAUGAGAAAGACACUGAGGUAUACUUUGAUGCAAUUGGACAGCCUAGAGGGGUACCUCGGGAGUUCAAGGCAAGAGAUGAAGUUAAAUCUGGAUUUGAAUCUAUAUUUUUGUGGAUAACACCAAAUAAGAACUUAGAGUGGAUGACUUAUAUAUACUAUAACCAACAGAGAUUCAUUAACUAUACUGACUCGGCUUUAACGGCGUUGGGGGAACAGGUACAGGAUACCAGUAAAAUGUCUUACCAAAAUAGACAGGCUCUCAAUUGGCUUUUUGCAGAGAAGGGUGGAGUUUGUGUUAUGUUCGGGGAUGAUUGUUGCACCUUUAUUCCCAAUAACACUGCGCCUAAUGGAUCCCUUGCAAUCGCUAUGGCUAAACUUAAAGGGUUAAGAGAAGAGGUUAAGAAAAAUGCUGGGGUGGACUCUCAUGUUUGGGAUUGGUUGGACUUAGCAUUGGGGAAAUGGGGAGCCAUGUUUGCUAGGACGGUCUUUAUGCUGUAAGGGGGGUUAUUGGCUCUGGGUAUUGUAUUUUGUUGUGUUUUACCCUGGGUGAAAUCACUUGUGAUUCAGACAACGGUUAAACAGAUGUUUGUAAGUAGAGCUGACACUCCGGUGAUAGUUGAUCCUGUGCCGGGUAGGCCAGGCCACUAUACUGAUGAAAAUGGACAGUUAUGCUGUCAUUCCAAAUUCAUAAGAAAGUCAACUGAUGCAUAUCCACAAAAAGGGUAAUUUCCGUAGUAAGUACAAGAGGUGUUAUGUAAGGUCUACUUUUGCUCACGGCCUUGUGUUUUAGUAUGUUUUGUCAAAUGUUUUUAUAGGUAUAUCAAUGAAUAUAUCUGGUUUCUUUUAAUUAAAAGUUAGUUUUGCCUUCUAAAAUGCUAGGUUAUAUUUAAAAACAUGUAGGUAACAGUGGGAUAUCCCGGAUACAAGUGUCUACGGACCAUGUCCUUAAUCUUCUAACAGAGGUUGGUAUUGAUGGUAUCACGGUUGUUGGAGAGGUGUCUGAGAGGGAGAAUCAUGUGGAAAGCUUAAAUUUAGAAUGAUGUGUCAAUUUUAUUUUGUAACUGCAUGGAGGCCUAGUGUUUUCUCAUAUUCAAUUUAUUAUUUGACUCAUUGCUUUAUUAUAUAUUUUUUUUAUUUUUCGCGUAGCUGAGAACCUCAGACAAGGUUAUGUAUUUACAUGCUCAUGCUUUAACAAAAUAUAAUGUAUUAUUUUUGUUUCUAUACCGAACUAGAUAUUUUACUCUUAUGAAAUACUAGAGAUGUUUGGUGUAGGUGAUUAGGAAGUGUUAUUUUUUAAUUAUUUUUUAUUUUUUUAUUUAAAAAAAAAAAUAUAUAUAUUUUUUUUUUGAUAAUCGACUUGAUAUUAUGUUCCAUAUAUGUCCUUUUUAAGUUUUUGGUGCUUAUUAAAGCACCAGAGGAGGGUUAUGUGGGAGAAAUUAGGUACAUAUAUGGAUAAAUAUACUGUCCUAUAUAAAAGAGGGAUGCAUUUGCCAUUCUGGUAAGGUACAUUGUCUAUUGUAUAGGACAGGAAGCCAGAGUGGGGCCAUGGGAGAGGGCAACACAUAGACGCCUAGGGCAGCUGGACAUACAAAGGUCAGAGGUUGUCUAAGGAGGGGGUCAGCCAAAGGACCAAUUGAUGGAUUACAGACAUCAAUCACAUCACAGGAGACAAGUCUGUUUGAUCUUAGACAACCAUAUGAAGAGAAGGCGACCAGAACAGCUAGGCACCCUAAAGCUAAAGGAGAUGAAAGACACCAAAAGGGACACAUGGAGUUAAUUACAGGGUAUGAACACAGGCCACAGGAAAGGGGAAUGUAUAGUAUUUUUAGUAUAGCUGAGCAUGCUAAAAACAGAAGAGACACAUAGUCUGCUGACCCUAGAUAACACACAAACAGGAGAACGCAUUAAGCUGAGUGAAGGGUCAAAGCAAGGGUCUUG